GGUAAUUUCUUUACCGGAUCACAUGACACAAUUACCUCAAGAAUCGAUCAAGAUGAAUUGCACGUCAGCCUACGUUUCCUAUGUUUUCUCCCUCACGGAUCCCGUCCACGCGCCUGUAGUGCAAUAGAUGGACAAAGUUUAACACACUCACGCUUCCUAUUCCUACUCGCAAACGCAAAAAGAAGACAUGACGGAGUAUGACGACCGCAGCAACUGUGCGUCAAAUAUGUAUUUACCGAGUUGCACAUACUAUGUAUCGGCGCCGGAUUUUUCGUCGGUCUCUUCGUUUUUACCUCAGACUACUUCGUGUCAGGUCAAUUUUCCUUAUUCUUCCAGUAUAGCUCAAGUCCAACCUGUUCGAGAAGUUGCUUUCAGAGACUAUGGACUCGAUCACCCGAGCAAAUGGCAUUACAGGGGUAAUUACGCUUCCUACUAUCCAACGGACGAGAUAAUGCACCGAGAUCUAAUCCAACCAUCAAGCAGAACGGAUAUGAUAUUUAAAAACGACUCGGUGUACAGUCACCACGGCGGCUCAAAUCCAUCAUGCAAUUUCUUCUCCAACGUCGGCAGAAACGGGGUUCUUCCGCAAGGGUUCGACCAGUUUUUUGAGACUGUUAAUACCAGCACCGAGAAGCUCAGCCCCGACCCCUCGAAAGUAAGGACGGAGUCCGGUAUCCCCGGAGAUGCUGUGUGCAAUAAACUGUCGGCAGACGGUUCAGAGCAGGAGAAACGAGACCCAGCUGAAAACAUAGACGAAGAAUCCACUUUAUCAAACUGUGCGGAGGAGAAGAACAACGGUCCAAGCUCUUCAAAAUCAAGAAAAAAGAGGUGCCCCUACACCAAAUACCAGAUCCGAGAACUUGAACGAGAAUUCUUUUUCAAUGUGUACAUAAACAAGGAGAAGCGACUGCAGUUGUCAAGAAUGUUAAAUCUGACAGACAGACAAGUAAAAAUUUGGUUCCAGAAUCGAAGGAUGAAAGAGAAAAAACUAAACAGAGACCGGCUUCAGUAUUUCACCGGGAAUCCUUUAUUUUGA